GUUGUCAUUAUCUGUGUUUUUCUCUCCGUGAUACUCGUGGUUGACGUUCUAUUACAUAGUUUGGAAUCUUUUAACGAGAUGGCGGGUAUUCGACCGGUUGAAGGAUGCUUCCAGUGUGGAUCUAUGAGUCAUUGGGUGAGGGACUGCCCACAGAGGAUUGGUGGCUUUCGUCCUACUAGCGCCAACGCUGUGCCUACUGGCCAACCGGUGCUCACCUUACCUUCUCCGACUGCGGCGCCCGCUUCGACUGUUCCGCGGACCUCUGGUGCUGUCAACAAUGGCUACCAGCAGCCACGACCUGGAUGGUGGAGAGCUAAUCAGGAACGCUUUGAUGUGUGUUAUAAUAAGUAUCUUGAGGAUCAACAAAAGGAGACGAAGCGCAAGGAAGAGGAGGAAAUGGCAAAUAAGCUUAAGGAAGAAGAGAACCGAAAGAGUUUGCGUGCGGAAGAGGAGACAAGGAUAUGGAAGAACGACGAGCUCCGACCUGGAAACAAGCGGAGCAACGUGGCGGUCUCUACAUCGGAAUGCUCUAAUCGAGGUACCCCUAAGCCACGUUGGACGAACAACGUGAGGCAGGCUGACAAAUGGCGGGAGGAGUAUCGAAAGAUUCAAGGGAUGCAGCAGGUGUCGGAUGCGGAAGUCGCAUUGUUAAAGGAAUGGAGAGCUGAAGCUGAAAAGAAGAGAAUGGAUGCGGAGAAGCAGGUCAAAAACCUGCAAGAGCAGUUUAGUAAGUUGUCGGCCUCUUACGCGACUGGCGACUUGGCGACUGGCGGGACCAAUUUGAAGGAAAAGCUGGAAGCGGCUGUAUUGCGAUCUGCUAGGAAGGGCAAGAAAGCUACCCCUGGAAGAAUGGCACAGAAAGUUGCCGAUAACAAGGGAAAAAACUUUGACGUGAAUGAACGUUUUGCUUUCGUGGAAAAUUUGAAGAAACAGCUAUGUACGCUGAAGAAAUCCGGUUUGGAACCUUACUGUAAGGAGGUUGGGAUUAAGCUGGGCAGAGUUGAGGAAACCAUUGAUGCCACCGCUGAAUACCGUGCAAGUAAGACCUUCCCUGAAAAAGGCAAGCGUCAAGUUGAUGGGGUGGACUGUUCGGUGUUAGACGUUGAUGAUGAUGAGAUGCAAACGGCGGCGGAUGGUGCCAAUGAGGUCGAAGAAACGAGCAUUGAGCUCUAGGGAGACGUCCCCAGCGUGGUAAAACUUUGGUCG